AUGCAGACUAUAAAAUGCGUGGUGGUGGGGGACGGUGCAGUAGGAAAAACCUGCUUAUUGAUCUCCUACACAACAAACAAAUUCCCCUCUGAAUAUGUUCCCACGGUUUUUGACAACUAUGCCGUGACGGUGAUGAUUGGAGGAGAGCCCUACACACUUGGGCUUUUUGACACAGCAGGUCAGGAGGAUUACGACAGACUGCGGCCUCUCAGCUAUCCACAAACAGACGUGUUCCUCGUGUGCUUCUCUGUUGUUUCGCCAUCAUCUUUUGAAAAUGUCAAGGAAAAGUGGGUUCCGGAGAUCUCCCACCAUUGCCCCCGCACACCGUUCCUUUUAGUGGGCACUCAAGUUGACCUCAGGGAAGACAGCAAUACCAUCGAGAAACUGGCAAAGAACAAACAGCGCCCCCUAUACCCAGAGAGUGGAGAGAAACUGGCUCGGGAGCUCAGGGCCGUCAAGUAUGUGGAGUGCUCUGCUCUCACACAGCGAGGGCUGAAGAAUGUGUUUGAUGAGGCCAUUUUAGCCGCGUUGGAGCCACCUGAGACCAAACCCAAGCGAAAGUGCGUCCUGUUGUAGAUUAAGUCAAAGAAACCUGUGCUGCAGUCACUCUGUAAGACCCACGAUCCUUUAAAUAAGAGUGGACAAAAGGCAGAGAGGAGGUACCAUACCUUUGUGUCUUCUGAUAAUGUGUACACUUUGUGCCUUGAACAUACUCUGCAAAAAUGUCAUAUCUAGCCUUGCUUAAAAAGACUUGAAUUAAAGAUUUAAGCUUUGAUAAGAUUUAAUUGCUUCUGGGCUUAGACAAUUUCAGUGCCGCUGGGUUAAGUGAAUUUUUCAAACCCCACUAGCAAUAAUUUGACUGAAAUUAGAAGUAACGCAUUGGAACAAGUCAGAAACAUUUUAAAUAGGUUUCAAGUCAUUUUAACAUGUCUAGAUAUUCAUUUUUACAGUGUGCCUUUUUAAAAUGCUAAAGGAGCUGCCUUAGCGAGCAAUAAACCCUUCCAUGUCUGUUCACUUUUCUUUACGAACUUCCAGUGUUUUCAUCCGUAGUAUAAAGGUGGGGCGGGAUCCCCUCCCUAUCACAUAUGCUCCAACCUUUUAUUUUUUUUAAAACAUUUAUUUAGCUGGGAAUAAAGUCUUUAAGAUUACACUGCAAAACAUAGUGAGAUAAAAUUACUGAAAUUCAGAAUAUGAAUUUUUAGUAGUUUGGACUUCUUUUUUUUAAAAAUGACUUAACUUGUUUUAACACAUUUUUGACUGCUUUCAUAAUUCACUCCAAAAUUACGCCACUGUCACAAAAAAUAUUCAAUUCAGAAACCUCCUGAAACGGUUUUAGUAAAUAAAUCUAAACUAGUCAAUUCUACUUAAAUUUAACUAUUAUUCUGAAUUUUAUUGUUUUAAUCAUUAUAACUAAUCAAAAUGUCUUAUUUGCAGUGUAUUUCUUGACUUGUAUUAUAUUUUUAAAGAAAUUGUUGGUUACACAUUAAAGGGGAAGCUUAAAACAAAGUGGUACUUGAUCAGCCUUCAUUUUCUGUGUAUUUUGAAUUGGAGAGUUGAAUGAGAUUAAGAUCACUCCAAAGUGCAGUAUAGUAAUGCAGACCUCAUGACUUUUGUGGAGGUGUUCUCUCGUCUCUUAUCGAUAAUUUCUUUCAUUUUAUGCAUCAUGUGUUAAUUCAUUGAACAUGUUUUGGAAAAUGUUUAGCAGUUCAUCAAAACUUGAACUUUUUUGUUGUUUUUUAUCGGUAGACAACAAACUUGAUCAAUACUGUAACAAUUUUAGUCUUAAUGUUUGAACACAUCAUCCUCAACAUGGCGAUGAUAACUAAUUGUGGGUGUUUAUAAUCACUGAAUAUUUGUAAUAAAAUGGUUUGCAGAAA